CCCCGCUAUCGGAUCCGAGAUCUCGGGGAAGACAAUUGCAGUAAAUGAGGACAUCUGAGGAGUGCGUGGCUGGUGCUGCUGCUGCCUCUAGCGAAGGCUCCCUUGGCCACAGCUGAACAAAUGUCUCGCUGUGCUACCUAAAGAGGUGGUGGGGGGAACCAAGUCUCCGGGAAGCAAAAGGUUUCCAGCCGGUGGUAUCUUUGCAGCAGAUGCUCCUGCAAGAGUGGAUCGUUUCCCUGCAAGCUUGCAGAAGUGAACGGAGAGACAUGCAUCACAAAGGAACUGCACAGACCUUUACUUAUUUGUAAGGCAGCGUAAGGUAAGGCAUCAUGGUGAGUAAGGAAUCCAGCAAAUGCUUACUCACGGCCUCUGAAAGUGAAGUUGAACCAGCAGCUUCACUUGCCUUGGAGAUGAAAUAUGCAUUGGAUCCCAACCGACAGAUUAAGAAAAGAAACAAAGCCCUGCAGGUGAGAUUUAAAGAUAUCUGUGAGGCCCAGAAUGAACAAAGGGACAAGCAACUAUCUACAAUACAACAUACAGACAAAAGAGAAACAAAGCCCAUCUCAUAUAAAACAGCUUAUCGUAAAUAUAUGACAGUGCCUGCACGAAGGUCAAUACCUAAUGUUACUAAGAGCACAGGAGUUCAGACUUCACCAGAUCUUAAAAAGUGUUACCAGACAUUCCCUCUGGACCGCAAAAAAGGGAAUAUUAUUAAAAGCAUCUCAGCUGUUGACACCUUUAAGAGUCAAAACAAUGGAUUUCUAAUAGAUAUUAAGGAUAAAGACAGUAAAAACUCAGGGGAGGCUGCUCAAUGUAGCAAGAAGGUCAGUGGCCUAAUGACCGCAGAAUUUAUUUCCCAUACUAAUGAACGCAUGAAUGCAAUAGAUCAGCCUUCUAGUGACAACUGUUCAGAGGCAUGUAAAAGCACUGAUUUGCACAGCUGUACUAAAGAACCUUCUUCUCUUCAAAACUCAGCAGACUCUACUUCAGAAGAACCUGAUUACCAGCUGCAUGAUAAAACAAAACAUGAUACAGGGCCACUGGGUAAUGAGGAAUCUAUUCAAUCAGCACAUGGAAAAGUGUUUAAGACGGAAGUAGCUACCAUUUAUUUACCUGCGUCCAGUUCACAUGCCAUACGGCCUGACUUGCAAAACUCUGCAGCAGAGACUGAAUGGUUAUUGUGCCCAACAACAGAUGAGGAAAAAAAGAGAACUGUGCAUCUUAAUGGUUUGCAGUCCCAAUCAGUAAAUGCUCAGGCCUGCUUAUCACAGGCACAGUGCCAAUCACCCGAAUGUAAUGAACAGACCCUUCAGAUAAAUGUUUCACCUCUGAAAGAAAGUCAGCCUUGUCAGACAGCAGUUGCUGUGAGUGAAGGAUGCCAACAAAUUGUGCCUCACACAGAAGUGGUAGACUUGAAAGCACAGCUUCAGAUGAUGGAGAAUUUGAUCAGUUCAAGCCAGGAAACCAUAAAAGUGUUGUUGGGUGUUAUUCAGGAGUUAGAAAAAGGAGAAGCUCACAGAGAAGGGCUUUCGUAUCGGACCGGGCAAGACACAGCUAACUGUGACACAUGCAGGAACAGUGCAUGUAUUAUCUAUAGUGUAGAGUUGGAUUUUAAGCAGCAAGAAGACAAGCUACAGCCAGUUCUGAGAAAACUUCAUCCUAUCGAGGAAACUCAGGUUGCACCUUUGCCUUACACUCAGGAGAGUUACUCCUCAACUCCCAAGCAAAAAUCCAAAACUGAAUCAAAAAAGCAUGGAAGAUGGAAACUCUGGUUUCUUUAACUAAAUAAAGUCCACUAGACCUGGAAUUUAAGGCCUUCUUUGAAACAUAUUUGGAAUUCAAUUAUUCAUAUCAAAAAGGGAUCUUGGUAAAUUGAUUAGCGUUUUCAGCCAGUGUUAUUCUGAUUAUUAUGGGCAGCAUUCAGUUCUCAACAUAUGUACCAAAAAGGCCUUUGUACCUAUAAAUUAACAUUCAGGAGCAAGGCGUUAAAUCAUACCUUGCCAGCUUCUAUUUGCAGUUCACCUAUGUGGGAUGUAAAAGCUAAAUCAAAAUCCAUAUAGAAAAAGAUGGCUAGUAAAACUAUUCCCCUCAAGUUGGAUCUGAAAGAAUCACAUUUCAACCUGUUAAACAGCAGGCUGUCAUCCUGUACACGGAUAAAUAUCACUAUUGAUUUUCAAGCCUUUUUGAGUUUUUUAGCUUUGCCUGUUUUGUUUUUGCUUUUAAAAUAUCAAUGAAAAAGAACAGCAAGCCUUAUGUUUGCUAUGAUCUCCAAUUUUACAUAUACACGGGGAUUGGGGGAGUGCAAUUUUUAGCACAUAAUGUCCUGGAGAAAGCACAAUUUUUCAAAUGGUCCAAGACCAUAAAUAAUCUCUAAGAUGUGACUAUGUAUAUUUGCCUUCAUGUACUGUAGACUUAAAUCAAGUUAUGACAUCUCAGCAUCACAUAUUGACACCUCUAAUUUAAUGUCAUGUUCAUCGCCAGACUUAUGACAAGUUUACUGCUCAUUUCCAAAGGGCGAGCAGCCAGAACCACCCAAAGUCAGGACAUGCCUUUAAUCACUGCAAGUUGACAGGGUCAAAGCUAUGGGACACCAAGCUUUCUUAGAUCUCAUUUUUAAUCUUUUGGUACCCAAAGGCCAAAAUGAUACAUUCUGGCACAGAAUUUGAAAAAAGAAAAAACAAGAUGGAUAAUAUUACGUUACAAAUUGUUGGCAUUUGCCACAAUUCAGUAUCUUUUUGUACUUCAGUCUUCUGAAAACUGUAUAGUAUUGUAGAGGGAGUGAGAAAUUUUGUAGUAUGCAUUAUGCUUUCUAAUGAGUUGAGAAGGACCUUGCAAUUUUAAAAGCUACUUAUUUAGCUUAGCUUCUAAGGUGGGUUUCCAGACCAACAUAGUAUCAUUUAUAUUUAAAUAAUAUAUUAAUCGUACUUGCUAACCAACACACUUAGGGAAAAGCUGUGAAUCAAAUUUUUCUUAGACUUUUUAAAAACAAGGACACUUUAAAUCUGCUCUGUUACACACUGCAGUCUUUCUUUGAAUAUUUACUACCGUUAUAGAUUAUGCCCUAAUCUAUAAUGACUGUUUGUGGAAAAAUUCUUGUAAUGGUAGGGAGUCAAAAUCUUAUUGCUCUUUUUUGUCAAAUAAUUUAAGUAGUGCAGUCAUGUGACAAACUGGUUUACAAGCUAUUGGUUCUGCAACUUCAUAUCCCAGUGCUUCAUUCAGACAUAUUUUUUUCAGUCUUUAGAUGCAGCAAAAAGGUAGAAGAAAUGAAUCCCUACCAGAGGCAUCUUCACCUACUUAAUAAACCUUGAGGAGUCUAUAUUUAUACUAUUUUCCCUUAUCUCUACAUCAAAUCCAUUUUAAGUACUAUUAGUUCUACAAGAUACCUGAGGCAAAUGAUUUGAUCUUUGUCUUGAAAAAAAACAUUAGAAAGUUAAUGUAAGAACAUACAAUAUAUGUGAAACUGUUUAUGUCCACUUAAAAAAAAAUCUAUUUCAAAAUGUAUGCUUUAAUGAACAACUCACCUUUGUAGUAAAUUUCAAGAGGGCUACAAAACCUUGUACAUAAACAAACAAUAUACUAAAAUAUUUUUGUGAAAGAUAAAGGAUGAGAAAGGUGAUCCUGCGCCAUGAAGGAAGUGCAAUUGUUUCAUGUGGAAAAAAUGUGUUUCAUGUAUUUUAUACCGUUUUUAAUUAAAGUUAUAAAACUGUUUACAAGAUAACCCACCUUACAUGUUUUAAAAAUUCCAGAUAUUUCAGAGCAUUAAAUGUGUAUAUAUAGAUAUUAUUUUUUUUCCUAAAGAGAACAGAAAUCCUCAAAUAUGGGCAUAAAUAGGAAAAACAAAAAGUAUUCAAUGUUUUACAACAGUGAUAAACUGCAAGUUACAGCCCCACACAUACAAAGGAAAUAGAGAUGUUGAGUGUAUUAAGAAGAAAGAAAGAAAGAAAACUCAAACACCUCACAACUAGAAUUAUGUACAAAAUAGUGUCCACUAAUUUGCAAAAUUUCCCACAAAUCCAUUCUAAAUCUCUUGCAGGCAGGGACUGAUACAAAAAAAACUCUUUGAAAUGUUUUUAUGCUUGGUUACUGUGCCAUACACAAACUAAUGUUAUACAAGCAUUCAGAAGGAAAAAGAAGAAUUCAUGGCUGAAAUAUUUAAGAAGUAAAUGUGAACAUUAUCACAGUGUUCUAUACAUGUCCAGACUAUUUUCUUAAACAAGUUGCAAAUUUUUAAUUUUUUACAUUUUUUUAAAAAUGAAAAAGCUAACAUGCAUAGUCUUGCUUAAAAUUACGUAUUGUGCUAUAUCGUACCAUACAAUGUAAUUUGUAAUAAAAUGUUUUUGCAAGUGUGUAAAAUGUAUCAUAUUGUAUUACAUUCAGGAUCACUCAGGCUCAGUUUAGAUAAUGAGAGGAUAUUUUGAUUCUUUCUAACUUUUAGUUACAUAGGACAUCUGAAUGACACAGAACUACUUCCAUUUCAAUGCAAGACAUUAUAAAAUACAGGUAUGAGAUUAUAACAGAGGAAACUCAUCAGCGCUGUUAACAUGGUAGGGUGCGUAUUUUUGCUGCUAAACUCCUUGCCAAUUUCAUGCACUCUCAGACACGAAUUUACUAUGUGCACUUCUCCCAUAUCAUGUUUUAAUAAUUUUCUAAUUAAUAAGUACUGCAGUAAUUUUUACAUUACUUCCUGUUUUCAUACUACAAUGGACAAUGUUUUCCAAGUACUGCAUAAUUCCCAUUAAGUAAAAAUGACAUUCCUUUGUCUUUUUAUUAUUAUUAGGACACACGUGUACGUAUUACUUGCUUUCUUAAAAUUAAUCACUGUAAAAAUAUUUGAAAAUUAGGAUAAAGUGAAAAAAAUCAUGAUUAAAAUCGAAAAAACACGCCAUAAAUACAAACUCUUUUCUUUUUCUUCCUUCAGAUGCUGCAAAAUAACUGCCUAUACAUUCUUUAAUUUCAUUCAGUGUUUUAAUGGUGCAUUACAUAAAAAAGGAAGAUAAAUUUUUCACAUGCAUUUUAAAAGCAAGCAAGCUGUUAAAACUGCAUUAUUUCAACAGCAUCUGUGUAAUAGCACACAGCAUGUACUACUGCGUGAAUUUGGUAACGAUGAUUGCCACUAAUAAUAUAAUAGCAGUAUGUACAUAGCUCUGCUAAACUAGGAUAAAGCAGAAGGCUUGAAGCAUUUCUUAGCAUUAUUUCAGCACCAAUAAAGUAUGACUGCAGCCUAUUUAAAUUAAUUGGAACUGCUGAAAAUAUGCUGCCAAUGUAUUUAGGUGAAUGCAGUCUGCUGUGAUAAAAAUGGGUAUGGCCUAUACUGUACCAAUUUGCUGCAUUCAUGAUGUUAGUCACUCUACAGUACAUAAAAAGAUAGUAAUGAUGGAACAAAAAUCAUAAUAAUUAUUCAAUACUACUCUUAAUUUUUACAACAAUAGCUUGCAGCAACCAAUCUGAAAUCUGUCUGAGUGGGAAAAUGUAAAUGGUGCCACAUGCAAGUACUGUUUUUCACACUGUAACAGCCUAAUAUAGACAGUGACACUACAGACUUUCUGCUUAAGAAUUUAGAGCUCACUGCACAUUGUCAUUCAUAGAGUUUAAAAUCAGACUAGAAUGCAGAUAACCCUGCAUUGAGGCCAAUCAGUAACUUGUUUCACUAUCGCGCGCUCUCAAGAAAGGCAUCACUACUUGAAGACUUCAGGAGAAGGAGAAACUACUCUAGCAACGUGUUCAAACAUUUAAUCUUCAUUGUUAAAAAACUGAGCAAUAUUUCUAAUUUGAAUUCAUUUAGCCCUCCCUUCCAGACCUUUGUUCUUAUCAUUCUUUUUUCCACCAUAAGUUAAUGCAGUCCUUUAGUACUGUAUUCCCCUACCAGCAUUGUCAUCUUUUUUGGAUUCACAAUCCUAAACACGUACUAAUAAAAGUCAAUCUGAUAUGUUUGUCAACAUGAAGGCAUCUCCACUCUAUAAAUUAGUCUACUAUCUGCCAUUUAGUAAAGUAACAGCUCAUAUAUCUUACAUCUUUUGCUAUGCGGUAUUUUUUCCAGCUCUCAUUGUUGUGGUUCCUCUUUGGCACCUUCCCCAAUUUUGCAACAUUCAUGUUAAAAAGUAAAAUACCAGAACAAUGCUUCAGAGUUCCAGUAUCAGUAUCAGCAGUAGCACAAGAUCAUCACCCCACUCCUUUUCACUAUUCCUUGUUCAUACAUUCAAGCAGUACAAUACCCCUUUUUACUAGAGUAUUCCACUGGGAAGGUCACGUUGAAUAUGUUCAUCUACUACAAACCCCUACUACUUUUUCGGUCAUGGCUUUCCAGGAUAUGGUCUCCCACUCUGGAGAUAUGUCCUGUAAUCUUUGUUUCUAGACCUAUGACCCAGCAUUAGACUGCACAAAAACAGAUUUCAUUUGAAUGCUGACAGCUUACCAAGAGAUCCAUAUGGCUUUGUAAGAAUACUACUUACCGAAACAGUUGACCUCUACAAAAUGCUGAAAACAAAUUGGGUUGCUCUUUCUGAUUUAUUUGGGAUUUUACGUUCUAUUUGUUUUGAUCUGUUGACAAGUAUAAAGUGUAACAUGCAAAGACACUUCUCAAUAAUAUUUACAGGACAAUCAAGGUCUACUUUAAAUUUUUUAAGGCAGCCCAUUUUUAAGGUUCAGUCAAAGGCAACUUCUUUCUGUAAGCUUAAGUAUAAAAUAGUAAAAUAAAAUAAUAGUGUGGGUAGAGCGAGUAUGAACAACAGAAGAAAUAAAAUGAGAAAAGGCUGUAAGAAAUGAGAUAUGAUAAGAUUUAAGCUGGAGACUGAUACUGAAUUCAUUUAUUAUAAAAGACCAUAGUUAUCUUGCAAAUCAUUGUCCAUUUCAUAUUCUAACAACAACUCAAUUUUCUUCACCUCUGGGUGUCAAGGAUAAAUUGAUACAAAUUUCCUUUAGCUUUACCACACUGUAACUAAUAUUCAAAUUAGUUUACUCCUAUGUGUCAAAUAAACUUUAAAAAAAAUCUGUGCAAAAUGAUGUUACUUCAAGGAGAAAUAUCCCAAAGUAGUCAGUGUGGUAAAACUAAUUGCUGUUGUAAAUUAGAAAUUGCACUUUGUAUGGUAGAGUAUCUAACUUCACAACUUUCAAUUAAAAGAGCCGAUUAAGCGAAUAGACUGUGCUUGCAUCCAAGCUAAGAGAAACCAAUACCAUUAAGUUCUUCUGCAUAUGAAGCAGCACAUUUCUUAUAAAUUGCCCAAGCUAAAACAAACAAGUUGUUAUCAUGAAUACUAACUUGAGCACAAACAACAAUUCUUUUGCUUAUAUCCACCAGGAUGCAGUCAACCUAAUCUUAAUCUUGCCCUUUAGGAAUGUAGAUAAAACACACUAUAGACUAUUUUUAUCUAUCUGUAAAAUUUAUGGCCGCUGACAUGUGGGAAAAAGAAAAAAAUAAGAUUUACCAGAAGAGGAAUCGCAUCAGUUUGACCCGGUUUACCCA